AUGGACUUCGGCGACGAGCAAAUGGGAGACAUCCCCACGCGUCCCAUGCGUGUCAAGGUUCUCUAUUCCUUCGACCAGGACAACAAGACCAACUGCCUCGCACGCUUCCCCGAUGUUCUCCAGAUCCCCGCCGUCGCAAUCGAUGAGUCCAACCAGGUUGGUGUCAUCGAACUGAAGCAGGUGUUGCAAGCUAUCGUCGCCGCUUCCCCAGAGCUCGUGUCCAGCCUUUCCAAUGGAGACUUCACCAUCUACGCCUACGACUACAGUGAAUCUGACACCCCUCUUGUUGGGCAGGGGAGGCUCUCUGCUGCCUUGACAACUGCUCCGCCGGCUGGUCAGAACAAGACCAUGAUCACUGGACGUGUUUGCAAGAAUGUGAUGGGGCUGUUCAACAAUGGCGUGAAGGAGACUCUGGAAGUCAAGCUGAGGCUGACGCCUGUUCCCAAAGCGGUAUCAAACGAGUACACGAAGAGCAACGAUGGUAUGCGCAGUCUCAGUCCUGCCAUGUCGGGAGGUUUCGAUCCGAAUGCAUGGAGUGCGUCUCAACAGGGCAAGCCUCAGCAGCAUUCGAACGAUUACUUCAACUUUGAUGCGAUGCUUGGAGGUGGCAACAGCAAUAUGGGGAUGAUGGACGCCUUCUUUGGGAUGGGUUCAGGCGUUGGCGGGAGUGGUGGCGGGCUGCAGAUGGCUGGUGGUGCGGGUGUCGCUGAGACCCCGUCAGACGCCUUCCCAGGAUUCAACCCCGCUUUUGCCGCCCAUCCACAGAGCGCUCCAGGCAGCCGGGCGGGAAGCCCAAUGAUGAGUUCCGGUUCCAGCAGUCGCAACGACUUUACACGUCAUCAGAGCUUUUCUGGCAAGCCUUCAACUUUCAUGCCGGAUCAAUCUCGGCCCGGCUCACGUGCGAGUGUACGAAGUGAAGUCCAACACCAGACGCAACAACGCCAAGCCUCGCCUUCGAAUCAAAUCAACCAACAGACUGAAGUGUACUACAACGAAGAUGGCCAGCCACGGAAACGCGCAAAGGUACAGCAGACCGACUGGCGCGGACGGUCAUCCUUCGGCGCAAAGUCUGGUGACCUUCGUGUCAACGCCGCCACGGCUGCAUCGAUGCACAUGCACCGUCCGAUUCCAAAGCGAGCGGCUGCUCCUGGCAGCAACCUAGAGCCUCCGCCUCGCGUUCCUACCCCGGUCCCGCAACGCACGCAAACGCUUCAGCAACAACAGCUGUUACAGCAGGCGAACGCACGUCGUAGCCUCUUGCGGCAAGCAUCUUCAGCAGAUUCAGACUUCAUGUCCGACUUCGAAAACUACUCUGAUGCAAUUGCAAGCUCGCCCGAUGAUGACUCGCCCGGCAACAGCGCCACUGCCGAAGGCACACCGCAGGACAUACCAUCGUCGCCACCAGUGUUUGCAGGCAUCAACUACCCGCAGCCAAGCAGUCCCGGCUUACCAACUUUGCCUCUGCCUCGCAUGGCUGAUAGUGGCUACAUGAGCGAGCGCGGCUUCCCUAGCAGUAAUGCCAUGGAGGGCAUGGAGAAUGAGGAAGACCGCAGCCCGAAUGCCCAGGACUACGAGAUGGCUGCUCGGUAUCGCUCACGCAGCAAGCAGCCACAAACCAUCGUUAAGAUCGAGGGUGACGGCGAUGUGUUGAGCAUGAACGACAUCGAGGUGGCUAGUGGCGGGAUGGACGUGAAUCCGGGGCUGCCUGGAGACAUUAAUCGACUACCGCAGAACAUGCUGCUGAACUUGCCGCCUGGCAGAGGCCAGGAAGCCAGUCGAGAGUCUAGCCAAGGGCCCAGACUUCCGGCUAAGCGACCAGCGCCCGUUAGCAGAGCGAGUGCGCCAGUGCAUACUUCGGCUUCAGGGUCACGACGUUGCUCGCUGGCAUUGCCACCCGCACCGUCUUCAGAUGCUCCAGAAGCUGGGGGUACGCAGAAGGCUGCGCCCAAGAAGAGGCAGCCUCUCAACCGAUCGCGAACUCAAUCAAACGAAUCCGAAGCUGGAUCGCCCGCACCGAGCGACACUGAGGGUGGACGACCGAACGGAUCCAAGAGGUCUGGCUCGGGAGCUCAGCGUCGGAAGGUCAUUGAAGAUCGUCUUCAGGACGCCAUCGCCAAGGGCGAGACACCACAGUACUGCUCGAACUGCGGCGCUAUCGAGACGCCCACAUGGCGCCGCUUGUACAUCAAAGAGUGCGAAGGCAAACCCUCACCGCUGGAUGAAGUCGAGGGCGAAGGCGAGACGAUUGCGCUGGAAACAGCCGAGCGCGAUGAAGCCGGCGAGCCCACCAAAUUCCUGAUCAGGAAAUCCAUGAAGGCUGGAAAGCGGAAGAGUGAUCCUGGUGGUGGAUUCAUCACGCUGAUGGUCUGUAAUCCGUGCGGACUCUGGUUCAACAAGACCAAGACCAUGCGGCCUUCUGAUAUGUGGAACCGCAAGUCUUCGAGCAGGAGAAAGAGUAAGAAGCAAAGGGCGGCGGAAGGAGAUUACCAUGAUGGAUUCGACACUCAUUCGGAUGUUGUGUUCUUCACUGACCAAGUGGCGCCCGAGGAUGCCGGCGAUGAUGCUGAUGCUGAGGAUGAUGGCCGGGUUGAGCAUGCUCCUGCAGUUGCGCCGGCUCGUGGUCACCGGGCCAGGGCCAACAGCAUGCAGGUGCACUCAACGGGCACGGCCAAUGCCAGAGGUCAGUGGAACGCAUCCCAAAUGGGUGCUGCUCUUGCAAGGGAGGUUCAGUCAAGCCCUGCACGCUUUCAUGGAUCACAGCUGGCUCCCAUCGAAGUCCCAGAAGUGACGCCAAGGCCGACACGUCGUCUGCUCUUCCCAUCCCCACGCAAGGAUGGCGAGGUCAAGAGCCUCGACGACAACGCUCAGGUGUCACUUAAAGCAGCACCACAUCUCGACGGUGGCUUUGCGGAUAAGGCUGGAUUGGAUUUCAACUUCGAAGGUGAUAGCACCAGCCUCUUUGAAGCGUUCACCUUCGACAAAGAGAAUAUGGCUUCGCCGCUUGGAGAAGGCGAAGACGAUCUCGCUGACCUCUUUGGCUCACCUACCAUCUUCAAGACUCCACGCAAGACGCCUGCGAAGAACCUCACUACCCCUCGCUCGCUCCGUCAACUUCAUCAUCUCCUCAAGACACCUACACCUAACCGCCGCAAACCAUUGACUCCAAACGCCAACGCAGCGAACAACGCCACCAUUCCCAUCGACCCCACCGCAGACGUACCAAACGACUUCAUGACCUCCCCAUCCAACUCCCGCUACUUCCUCCGCAGCACGCCAUCCCGCGCCUCCCGCACCGGCGCCACGCCCAGCCGCGUCUCUAACAUCAGCGGCGUCGGCGGUGGCAGCGAUGGACCUUCUCCAUGGUCAAGGCAUUUGGCGCAGAUGCUAAGUGGGACGCAUGAUGGGAGCAGUAGUAACGUUUUCACGAGCCCGAGUCGUGGGGCGCCGUUUGAUUUUGGGGAGAUGGAAGGGUUCGGACUGACGCCGGGUGGUGGGUUGGGAGCGUGUGAUUGGGAGGGUUUGGAGGGGAUGUUGGGGAGUGAGGGGAUGGAAUUCGGGGGUGGUGAGGAGGGGGGAAAUGGGCUGAUGUGA